AUGUCAAACACAUUUAACAUCCCGGAAAGCAAAUAUUUACCUGGCACUGAAAUUACAGCGCCACAUGUUAUCAUAGGAGAUGAAGCAUUCCCUUUAAGAACCUACCUAAUGAGACCAUAUCCUAAAUCUCAACUAUGUGACCAAAGAAAAAGCACAUUCAAUGAUAGACUAUCCCAUGCAAGAAAAGUUGUCGAAAAUGCAUUUGGGAUUUUAGCUAAAAAAUUUCGUCUCUAUAACAGAAGAAUACAACUUCAUCCUGAUAAUGCUGACAAAGUUGUUAUGACGACGUGUAUCUUACAUAAUUAUAUAAAAUCCGGUGGUGUUCAGCAUUUGAAUAAUGAAGAAAACACGUCAUCACAUUCUUUAUCAAACCUACCUAGACAGGGCGGCAAUUAUCAGGCUGCCGCAUUCAAUGUCAGAGAGAAUUUUGCUAGGUUUUUCGAUUCACCAGAAGGAGCGUUAAGCUAA